AUGUUACUGUUUCGGAGGAAUUUUUCUACAUCAAAGAGACUCAAUGGAGGAUUGAACAAGUACUCGGCUAUAAUCACCCAACCAAAGAGCCAGGGUGGAUCUCAGGCUAUGCUUUAUGCAACCGGUUUUGAUGAGAACGACAUGAAUAAGGCACAAGUUGGUGUCGGCUCUUGUUGGUGGUCUGGUAAUCCAUGCAAUAUGCAUUUAUUAGAUUUCAAUCACAGAGUGACAGAAUCGGUAAACCGGGCCGGAUUGAAGGGAAUGCAAUUCAACUCCAUCGGGGUAUCUGAUGGGAUAUCCAUGGGCACACACGGUAUGCGGUAUUCACUUCAGUCUCGGGAAAUUAUUGCGGACUCAUUUGAGACUAUUAUGAUGGCUCAGCACUAUGACGCCAAUGUUUCAAUUGCUGCGUGUGACAAAAACAUGCCUGGUGUCAUAAUGGCAAUGGGACGUCAUAAUAGGCCCUCUUUGAUGGUUUAUGGGGGCACAAUCAUGGCAGGUAGUCCAUGCAGCGGCUCUCCAAAGAUUUCGUCUAAGAUUGACCUUGUCUCAGCCUUCCAGGCUUAUGGUCAAUAUCUUUCAAAGGAACUGACUGAAGAGGAAAGUCAAGAUGUUGUGAGACAUGCCUGUCCUGGUCCUGGCUCCUGUGGUGGGAUGUAUACGGCUAAUACCAUGGCAUCCGCUGCCGAAGUGCUUGGUUUAACGCUUCCUAAUUCGUCUGCAUUUCCGGCUAUUUCACAAGAGAAGCUUGAUGAGUGUGACGCUGUUGGAGAAGCGAUCAAGAAAACGAUGGAAUUGAAUAUCUUGCCCCGGGAUAUCCUAACCAAAGAGGCAUUUGAAAACGCAAUUACAUAUGCCGUUGCAACUGGAGGAUCUACAAAUGCUAUUUUACAUCUAAUUGCCAUUGCUCAUUCAGCAGGUACAAAGCUUACAAUUGAUGACUUCCAAAAAAUAUCCGACCGUACACCGCUUUUGGGUGAUUUCAAACCAUCUGGUAAGUAUGUGAUGGCUGAUUUAAUCAAGAUUGGUGGUACGCAGGCUGUUAUUAAGUAUUUGUAUGAAAAUGGAUUCCUCCAUGGUGACACGAUAACAGUUACUGGUGAGACGCUAAAGGAGCGUGCCGCAAAGGCUCCUAGCUUAGAUUCUGCGCAGAAAAUUAUACACCCUAUCUCCAAGCCUAUCAAGGAAAGUGGCCAUCUACAGAUUCUAUAUGGUUCUCUAGCGCCUGGCGGUGCUGUUGGCAAAAUAACUGGCAAAGAGGGUUCCUAUUUCAAAGGUAAAGCCAGAGUAUUUGACGAUGAACCUUCCUUUACUCUUGCUCUUGAGAAUGGGGAGAUUAAAAAGGGUGAGAAAACAGUUGUAAUUAUAAGAUAUGAGGGACCUAAGGGUGGUCCAGGAAUGCCUGAAAUGUUGAAACCUUCAUCUGCCAUUGUUGGUUACGGUCUUGGUGGUGACGUUGCAUUAUUAACAGACGGUAGGUUUUCUGGGGGCUCUCACGGGUUUUUAAUUGGUCAUAUUGUUCCAGAAGCUGCCGAAGGUGGGCCUAUUGCUCUUGUUAAUGACGGAGAUGAAAUUAUUAUUGACGCUGAGCGUAAUACCAUUGAUUUAUUAAUUUCAAAGGAGGAAUUAGAGCAUAGAAGAUCCAAGUGGACUCCUCCUGCUCCACGCUAUAACAGAGGAACAUUGGCAAAAUACGCAAAAUUAGUAUCUAGUGCUUCAACUGGUUGCGUCCUAGAUGCUGACUGA